AGAAAGUAAACACGAGAGGGCAAAAGGCAAAAAAGGGGCGUGGCAACAGUGAAAGCCAUGUGGUGUUUCGAUGCGUUGCCAUAUUCACAUUGCGUGCAGGAUGCCUAAGGCUGCAUGCAGCGGACAUCCCGAUCCCGUCGUUUUCUCUGCCAGAGUUCCGGCCGAUCCAUCGCUAGAUAUACGUAGAGAAACACUUCUUUCUUGUGCAAGAGCUUGGACGUGAGACACACUUAUAGGUUUGCUGUGGAGAAUCACGGCACAGACAUAUUUGUUGUGGAAAAACUUUGAAGAUAACCAUGGCAACAUACUUGAUCAGAAAGGCUGUACCAGGUGAUUGUGAGGAGAUUGUAAGGCUCAUCAAGGAACUUGCCGAGUAUGAGAGUAUGCCAGACCAAUGCGAAAUGACACCGGAGAAACUAAGAGCUGAUGCAUUCUGUGACCAACCCUUUGUACACCUGUUAGUUGCGGUGUGCACCGUAUCCAAGGCGACCGUAGCCUACAGCUCUUUCUCCUACAUGUAUAGCUCAUGGAAGGGCCGUACUGCCUACUUGGAUGAUUUAUAUGUCACACCAGCCCAUAGAGGCAGUGGGCUUGGAACAUCAUUAAUGCAAUCGGUUGCCAAGUGUGCGUUUGAAAGAGGAUGUAAUCGCAUGAACUGGAUUGUUCUGUCUUGGAAUAAGCGUCCGGCAGAACUGUACGCCCGGAUUGGAGGAGAGAAUUUGACCAAGAAAGAAAAUUGGGAAAAUAUCACACUAUUCCAAGAACAGCUAAAGAAUUUUGCAACCAAUUAUAAAGUCAAACUAAGUGCCGAUACAACGGUAAAUGUGCAGCUGUGAUUUUAUUUGAAUGCCCUUUUUUUAAUAUAUCUUUUAUAUGCAGUGUGGGUCAAAAAAAAGUUUACACCUAGAA